CAUGGUCACUGUUUUGCAGACAGGACUAAGGUUACUAGAGAUAACAUUUGGUUGAAAUCUUCAUGGUGGAAAAGAAAUUGGCAGUUAAUUAUUUCACUACAGUACAGUAAGGAGGCUUUAGCAAAAUCACAGCAUGGCAAAGUCAUCAGAGUGGAUAUCUGAUGAAUUUAUAGAAUUGGUUUCAUCGUCUGACAGUAUUUCGGGACUUGAAACCUCUUUGGAAUUGCCUACAAACUCAUCACAGUCCCAAAAUAGUGACAAUUAUUUUCUUGAAAAUGGCUUAGGACAUCAUGAUUAUGAAGAUAAUUCGCUUAUUGGAAAAUUGAAGUUUCUUCAAGAUAUGGCUAAUAAAAAAUUGAUAUCGGAGACCAAACUUGCCCAACUCAAACAAGCGGUAACCGAAGCAAACAAUGCUUAUGUGGUCUACAAGACUAGUGAAACUCUGGUGCAAGCUUAUAACAAGGCUAAAACAUCUUUACCUGUGAAUAUUCAAGCAAAGUUGAAUAAAAUUGAAAAUGAACACAAAGUUCCAAAAUUGGCUGCAAUGAGAAGCAAAGACGGGAAAGUAUACAAUUUGUUCGGUUUGGAAGAUGUUGACAUGAGAACAACCGAUGUGUCACUUUCAAGUGAUGAAAAAAGUAUUGUAAAGUCUCGAGUAUUACAUGUGGUGAAAGAAAAAAUAAAACAGUCUAAAAAGGAGAAACAAACACUUAAAGAUACCUUUGGCAAGCACUGCGUAAAAGUGACCUCUAGGGACUCCGUGCUCUCAGAAGAACGAGAUGAACUACUCAAAGAGUUCCGAGCAUUGGGGGAAGGUCUGGAGCAGAUCUGCCGACUCCUGGAGGUCAACACACAGUUGUUGCGAGACUUAACACAGCCAGACCUGCAGAAAUCACAGAAGGAAGUACAAUUGUCCCAACACACCCAAAUCUUGGAAAAGGCUAAGUAUCUUCAUAAUAAGAUAAGUGCUUUAAAGCUCAAGAUGCAACAACGUCUGUUCAAAGAUGGAGUGUAUACUAAGGCUGUAGACAAAUUGGGGGAAGAGUUGCAGAUAUCUUUACAUGAGGCACAAGAAGAACUGAAGAGAUUGCAGAAAAUUUUAAAUAGUUACGAAGAAAAGGAGAAAUCUUCUAAAAGCUAUAAGAAAAUGAUUGAAAAGUUUCGUCACGUAAAACGGCAAUUACAACAGAAGGAGCAAACUCUAUCGAUGCUAAGCGGUUAGAGUAUAUAAAACUCUAUAAUAUUAUAGCUAUAUAAAAUUAGAAUAUAUAAUAUAUAAAACUCAGUUUAAUAUAAUUUAAAAUACUACGCUAUGUUAAUGAUAAAUUGUUAAACAUUUACUUACGUAAAACCAAGUAUUCUUUCGGACAAUGUAUAAGUAUAGUAUUAUUAGAGUAUAACUUGAUUUCCUUGGUUGUUUUAGUUGUAAGUUUUCCAUAAAAAUUGUAGUUAAAAAUACAUUGAAUUUUCGUUUA